UAUUUGUGUGUAUUUUUUUUCAGGUAUUCAUAUUCGUUCUUCGGCAGCGCUGCCCCCAUCAUGACCAACCCUCCGGUGGAGCUGCACAGGAACAUGGAGGUGUCACUCCCUCAGUCCUACUGUGCCUUUGACUUUGCCACGUUACCGCAGCAACUGCACGACACCUUCCACAGAGUUCCCCUGGUGGUGGAGUUGUGGCACAGAGACUCUAACAGCAGGGACCAGCUGAUUGGACGAGCUUCUGUGCAGCUGUCUCACCUGCUGAGCUCAGAGAAGAAACGAGUUCUGACGUCAUCGGGAGAACAGAGCUGGAGACAAACGCACCAGGACAGAAUACCUGUGUUCAGACCACAGCGUCCACCUCAGAAGGUCGCAGAGGUCACCUAUGUGGCCACAUUAGAAGACCUGGGUCUGAUCAAAGCCAAAGAGGUUAUUGUGACUGACUCUUCACAGAUUGAAUCUGUUGCCCCCGCACAACUGCCCUCUCACCCUCUGUCACCCAAAGCCCCUGCCCUCCGCCACCCAGCUCCACUGCUGGGCCCCACAGCCCCCAGAGAGACCAUGGCGAUGCAGCAGGAUGCAGCAGGAUGCAGCAGGAUGCAGCAGGAGUGUGACCUGCGCGUGGCGCUGGAGAGAGAAAAAGUUCGACUGAUGGAGGAGGAGAGGAGCCGACUGCUGCAGCAGAUUUUAGACGGGGAGUCGCGGUACAAACAGCUGGAGAAGGAGUUCCAGGUCUACAGGGAACAGCAGAACAUCAGGCCGGAGUUCAGACUGCAGUCAGAGGUCAACCUGCUGACCCUGGAGAAGGUGGAACUGGAGAGGAAGCUGGAGUCCACCUCCAAGUCCAAGCUCCACUACAAGCAGCAGUGGGGACGAGCCCUGAAAGAACUGGCCCGCUUUAAACAGCGCGAGCAGGAAAACACUAUGCUGCACCUAAAGAAACAACAGGCGGAGCUAGAGGCCAUGAGGCAGCGUUACCUGGCAACGGGAGAAAAAGAGGCGGGGCAACAAGACAAGCAGGAAUUGGACGAAAUAAGGAAUGAACUCAACAGGUGA